AUGGGUCUCAUCGCGAAGCUCAAGUUCAAGCUGCGCAAGCGUCUUGCGCAGGAAUAUGUCUUUACAGGCAGUGCACUUGCAUCUGCUACCGACCAACUUGCUGUCAACAUGAACAGCAUAUCCUUCCAGCAGGCUCCUCGUGGCAUUGACCGCGGCCGCAACCAGUCCUUCUUCGCGAUGAACGCGCCCCAGGGAACCCCUUUUGCAGCAGCUGGCGCUCUGCACAUGCCAUUCCCCUCUCAGCUCCACCAGCAGCCCUUCACUGGGCAGCAGUUUGGCCCCCGUCAUGACUCCCAACAGUCUCGAACGAGCGUGCAAGUAUACGCGCAGAGUAAUCAAGAUCGCUACGAUGCAGGCCGCCGAAUAUGCAUCCAAACGGGCCACGGCCACUAUGCACCUCCUCCUGCACCUUAUUGA